AUGAGUCUAAGGGAAAAUCUAGUUGCGAAAUUUGUCGUUUACUAUGGCAAAGCAUUGAACAAUUUGCGGCAAAUGCUAAAUAAACGAGAUGUGGCUAGUAUGUCCCGCGCACUGUUAUCUUCCUUGUACCUCCAUAUAAUUGCAAUCUAUGAGGAGGAAACGGUUGACCAGUCGUUUACUUUUGGCUCAGGCUUGGUUCAACUCACAAGGGACAUAAUUGUCAAGCAUCAACAAAUAACGUGUCCCUCGGUUCUCAAAUAUGUGGCUAAUGCCUCCAAGUCGUGGUACUUUCCUGCUUAUGACCAAAAGUGUUUAAAGGAACUCAAUAGAUUUAUUUUGAGUCUAGAGGUGUAUGCUAAGAAAAGCUGCAAUUUCCAGGCACUUUGUUCCUAUAACGAUUUAAUUGAAUUCAGCAAAAAGUUUGAUGAUUGGGCAUUUAAAUUUGAUUCCUAUCAAGUAGUUCGAGAUUGGUUAAUACUGGCACCAUCGGGGCUCUUUGUUUUACCGAAUUUCACUACUGACGAAUUCGAGCUUGUUGUUUUGUACUUGUAUAAAGUGUUGAUGAUGAUGCUUCCAAACCUAUUUCCGCGUGCUUUAUUCUGUUAUCCUCAUUUAAUAAGGGUAUUUCCAAUGACACCACCACCACAACCAUUGAAGAAUAGUUAUUUGCAAUAUGUAUGUCAGUAUUGUAUCCGAGUCCACGAUUUCUUUUAUAAGCGAUAUAACUUGUUAAUAAACUUGACUGAAACUUCCAAGCGUGAAUUGAUGAUGAAGGCAUGGAAUGAAGUGAUUAUCGAGGAGUUUUCAAACACCCAUUUUGACUACUAUCAUUUUUUGCAUUUCCCAAUGUCACUACCUUUCCACCGGCUUUGGGAUAUGGGUAUGAAGCUGGUAGAUAUGAAACACUUGUACAGCUAUAAUCAUUACCAAACUGAGUGGUUUCGAAAGAAUUGUUUCCAAGAUCCAGUAGUUGAGAUACAUUACCGGAAUUUUGGAUUUGGUCCGAUACCACAAACUUUUAGCUUUAACGAUACAUUAUUAGUCGAUAGUGCAGGUGACAUUGAAAACAAUUUAUUAGUUUCAUAUCAAAAUUUAAUCAAUGGAGUGGCAAAUGAACAAGAUGUUAUACCAGAAUAUACAUUAGUGCAGGCACCUUUUGAAUUGACCAUCAAUGAAGCGUAUAAAUUGCUUGGUGACUUUCAAGAGUUGAGACGAGAGAAAGAGAAGCAGAAUCUUGAAUUUAAGUCCUGA